GCGAUGAUAGCCGAGUACUGCCGAACAUGGGGACUAGCGAAAGCGGUCGUAGAAUAAAUUAAGUGACGUCACGCAGUGUAGCCACCGGCGCGCCUUCUGGAGAGCGAAACGAUCAACCGCUGUGUUCACAUCAACAAGAGUGAAAUUGUGAAACGCCAUGGCUGCAGAUGAUAUAGGACAGUUAGCCGAUGCGCUGUCCAGGACCCACGUCGGAGAUGGAGAAUUGAGCUACCAAGGCCGAGGACUGAAGCUUGACCACGCAGAGUCAGUGGCAGGCUUGGUGACAGAGAUCACUGAGUACCAGGGACUGCGUGCCCUGCGUUUGGAAGGGAACACCAUUGGAGUGGAGGCGGCGCAAGCCAUCGCCAAAGCCCUUGAAGACAAAGACGAACUUCAGAAAUGCCAUUGGAGCGAUAUGUUUACCGGAAGGCUGCGUGCCGAGAUCCCGACAGCGCUGCGGUCCCUGGGCAGUGCGAUCACGAGUGCAGGGGCCCGCCUCUCAGAGCUGGACCUGAGCGACAACGCCUUCGGGCCGGACGGAGUGAAGGGCAUCGAGCAGCUGCUAAUGAGCCCCUCCUGCCACUCACUGAAGGUGCUCCGCCUCAACAACUGUGGCAUGGGCAUCGGAGGGGGCCAGAUCCUGGCAGAGGCUCUGACUGAGUGCCACAGACGUUCUUCAGCCCUGGGUGCUCCACUCAGUCUCCGGGUGUUUAUCGCUGGGAGGAAUCGCCUGGAGAACGAAGGAGCCGGUGCCCUGGCUAAGGCCUUUAAGCUGCUGGGCAGCCUGGAGGAGGUGCACGUGCCCCAGAACGGCAUCAACCACCCUGGCAUCAGAGCGCUGGCUUCGGCCAUGCAGCACAACCCCCACCUCCGCGUGCUCAACCUCAACGACAACACCUUCACCAAGAGAGGGGCUCUGGCCAUGGCACAGGCUCUGAGGCAUCUGAAGAACAUCCAGGUGAUCAACUUCGGCGACUGUCUGGUCCGCACAGAGGGAGCCGUGGCCCUGUCCGCCGUCCUGAGGGAGGGGCUGCCCGUUCUCAAGGAGCUGAACCUGUCCUUUGGAGAGAUCACCGAGCCUGCAGCUCUGCUGCUGGCCCAGGCGGUGCUGAACAAGCCCCAGAUGGAGAAGGUGGAUCUCAACGGGAACUGUCUUGGAGAGGAGGGAUGCGAAGCGCUGAGGGAAGCCAUGGAGGUCAUGGACAGAGCGGACAUGUUGGCAUCGCUCAGCGACGAUGAAGGAGAACCCGAUGACGAGGAUGACAAUGAGGAUGACGAUGAUGAUAAUGAGACUGAUGAAGAUGACAACGAAACUUUUGAAGAUGAGGAGAAGGAAAAUCUGGAUGAGGAAGAGGAGCACAGCAAGGAAAACGGAGUGAACUGUAAUGGGAACUCACCCAGUAGCAAACUUCAGAGCCCCACAAAGAUAGCAUCGUACCUCUGCAGCCCCUCUUCAGAGAAGGAGCUGGACCUUGAAGACAAGACCGCCAGCCUAGAGCACCAGGACCAGGUGGACGCCGAUGACCCCGAGAGGGCGGCAGACGUGCUCCUGAAGAUCUCCGCCUCGUACAAGGAGGAGGCCGAGUCCGGGGAGGCCCUUCUGGAGGCCGUGGACGCCGUGCUGAAGACCAUGCUGUCGGCCUCGCUGCUUCAGUCCACCUGCUUCCUCUCCACCCUGCUGGUCCACAUGGGACUGCUCAAGGGUGAGGGGAAGGUGAAGAGGGUUCCGGUGGUGUCCGCCCAGCUGUCCUGUCUCACCCAUGCCGUCCAGCAGCCCUACUUCCAGCAGCACCACGCCCUGCUGCUGCACACGGUCCUCUGCAGGAACGGCAUGGCUCUGAAGUCCUGCAGCAGCGCCCUGGAGGGCCUGCAGGACGCGCUGAAGAGGAGGUGCAGCGCAGACCACUGAGAGACACACACACACACACACACACACACACACACACACACACACACACACACACACACACACACACACACACACACCGACUGAAGGACAAUUUCUUGUGACGGCUAAGUUCUAAGAGUCUUCAUACUUGAGCAAAAAAAGUCUGAACAAACACUUGUUUGUUUUUUUUGUUUUUUUCACGACAUCACUCUUCCUGUCUUCCUGUGUCUUUGUUUUGUAAAUGUUCAUACAGCCUCUAUUUUUUUAUAUAAAGGAAGAAGAUCGGAAGGAAAUAAAAUGUAAAUGACACAGAAGCUUGUAAUGUUAACUGUGCCUUCACUGCCAGUCGUCCUCCCUUAAAGCGGUUUGUUCUGACAAUCUGAAAGCCGUCCAUGUCUAGAAUCGUCUCGAUCAUGCUUGUUUCUUCACAUCGUGGCUUCUCUAAUUUGUGUUUUUGUUUGAUACCGCUAACUGCGUCCAAUCACCGUAUCACGGGGCCAUGGUAACAAAGACAGAAAGGGAAAGACUGUUCAUAUCUGUACUCAGUCACAGUCAACAGGGCUAUGGUCGUAUGGGGGGCUGGGGGGGUUGAUCCAGUUCAGAGUGUUCUGUGUGCAUCAGACUGUGAGCAGGAAUGGACUGCAUGCAUGAGCAUUCUCAAUCUCCCAGCCCCACCACACACACACACACCCCUACCCCAUCUCUCAUCCCCUACCCCACUGCUCAACCCUUUAUGGACCUGAAUCUACGGUAUGCGUGCACAUGGUCCAGCCACUGUAAACAGUCUUAACACUGAAAUGCCCCCAGACACCGGCGGACAACUCGACCACAUGUGUACAUCUUUGUCAUGCGGGGAAUAACCUCACUUCACAUACAUGGGAAUAUGUAUGGAGCAAGGUGCUCCGUUAGGUGUGUUUCUAUCCUCUUCGCUCUCCUUCACCACGUUACCUCUCAAUUAAUUGUAUGUCUUGUGUUUUGAGAUGUUGAGGAGAAAAGGGUCACAACAUGGAGUGUAAUGUUAAUGUUGUAACCUGACAAACAUUAAAGGCAGACUACCAUUGA